GAUCGUGGAUUUCAGUUUUAGCCUAUCUUUAUACUGUACUGUCUGUGAAUGAGCGCUUGGUUUGUGACUUUGUCUAGUAAGCUCGAUGGAUAACACAAUUGACGAAUGUUACUAUCUUAUUCAGUGAUUCAUAAUUUGUUUUCCAACAUAGGUUUCCAAAAAUACAGAUUUAUUUAGAUUUGUACUUUAUUGGCUCCAAUGUUUAGCUUACAUCCGUGUUGCUGCCUCUACCGCGCAGACUCGUCACUGCGGUUCACUGCGUUUCCGUGUUAGCUGGGCUGGCUAGCUGAUAGUGGCUGUCGUCAGGAGAGCCUACGAUCGACUCCGACUGGAUAUUGUAUCGAUGGAUAAAACAAAUAUUUUCGACAAUGCAUUAAUGUUCAUAAACUGUGUUCUUGUGAAUGAUGCUAUGGAAAGUGCGGUGACUACACCGUCCGUAACAUGCGAUAUUAGCCAAGUGUGCGUCUUAAGAGCAGUUUACGUUAUCUAGGUAACUGUUACCGCUAUAUAACAUUUAUGGUGGCUUCGUUGAUCAAUUUUUUGUGUUUUGUCCUCGUCUGUAUUGGUGGAAAAUGAAGAAGUUCAAUAUCAGAAAAGUGCUGGACGGCUUGACUGCUUCUUCCUCUGGCACUGCAUCUCCACAACCAGGAACUAAUCAAAACGAUGUGAUCCAAGAGACGCUACAAUCGGAGCAUUUUCAGCUCUGCAAGACUGUGCGCCAUGGCUUUCCCUACCAGCCCUCCUCCAUGGCCUUUGACCCUGUGCAAAAAAUUCUGGCCAUCGGGACUCAGAGCGGAGCUGUGAGACUUUUUGGCCGUGCGGGUGUGGAGUGUUACUGUCAGCAUGACAGUGGUGCAGCUGUAAUCCAGCUUCAGUUUCUGGUCAACGAGGGGGCGCUGGUGAGUGCCUUAGCUGAUGACAGCGUUCACCUGUGGAACCUGAGGCAGAAGCAGCCAGCUAUCCUGCACACUCUCAAAUUCAAUCGGGAGAGGAUCACGUUUUGUCACCUGCCCUUCCAGAGUAAAUGGCUGUACAUCGGCACAGAGAAAGGAAACAUCCACAUCGUCAACGUGGAGUCCUUCACACUGUCAGGCUACGUCAUUAUGUGGAACAAAGCCAUCGAACUGUCCUCCAAGUCACACCCUGGGCCUGUGGUCCACAUCAGUGAUAACCCCAUGGAUGAGGGAAAGAUUUUGAUUGGAUUUGAAUGUGGGACCGUGGUGUUGUGGGAUCUGAAAUGCAAAAAAGCUGACUACCGCUACAAUCAUGAUGAGGCCAUCCACUCAGUAGCCUGGCACCAUGAGGGAAAACAGUUCACCUGCAGCCACUCAGAUGGAACUCUGACCACAUGGAAUGUACGUGUCCCCGCCAAGCCUACAAUCACCAUCACACCACACGGUAAGCAGCCCAAGGAUGGAAAGAAGCCAGAACCAUGUAAACCUAUCCUCAAAGUGGAGUAUAAAACGACUAGAGCUGGGGACGCCUUCGUGGUCAUGUCUGGAGGCCUGUCCUAUGACACGGGGUGCAGGAGGUCCUGUCUGACGGUGAUGCAUGGGAAGAGUACUGCUGUCCUGGAGAUGGACUAUCCCAUCGUAGACUUCCUCACGCUCUGUGAAACACCAUAUCCUAAUGAUUUCCAGGAGCCUUAUGCUGUAGUUGUCCUCUUGGAAAAGGAUUUAGUUGUCAUCGACCUUGAACAAAUUGGGUACCCAAUAUUUGAGAACCCGUACCCUCUGUCGAUCCACGAGUCUCCAGUGACGUGCGUGGAGUACUUUGCUGACUGCCCUCCUGAACUCAUACCUGCACUUUACUCUGUGGGCUCCCGGCAAAAGAGACAGGGUUACAGUAAGAAGGAAUGGCCUAUAAGUGGUGGUAACUGGGGCCAAGGCACACUGAGCUACCCCGAGAUCAUCGUCACUGGACAUGCUGACGGAUCAAUCAAGUUUUGGGAUGCUUCUGCAAUAAUGCUCCAAGUACUGUACAAGCUGAAGACUGCCAAGGUGUUUGAGAAGGCUCCAAAGGGCAGUAAGGAGGAGAAGCCGAGCACAGAGAUAGUGGAUGAGGAUCCCUUUGCCAUCCAGACUUUGUCGUGGUGCCCAGCGAGCAGAAUGCUGUGUGUGGCCGGAGUCUCCGCCCACGUCAUCAUCUAUAGGUUCAGCAAACAGGAAAUGACCACAGAGGUGGUGCAGCUGUUGGAGGUGCGUAUGCAGGGUGAGCUGAACGAUGUGGAUUCUCCAGACCCAGCAGGAGACCAUCCUCCCACCCCAUCUACCCCAGUACCCCCCUCCUCCUCCAGCCCUACCCAGGAGGGAGAGCCCCCUGAGGCCCAGCCCUUCACCUCUGAUGACCGGCCCAGGGAUAACGGACCAGGCCUUAAGGUCUGGAGCGCCCCUCUGAAGCAGUCUCCUGGUUACCAGGUGGAGCUGGUCAUUCAACUGGUCUGGGUUAGUGGGGAGCCGCCGCAGCAGAUCACCAGCCUGGCCGUCAGCUCGUCAGACGGACUUGUGGUGUUUGGCAACAGCAGCGGUCUGGCUGUCGUGGACUACCUUCAGAAGAGCCUCCUCCUGAACAUGAGCACGUCAGAGCUGUACAGUCCCUCAGACCCCUACCAGAGACAGCCUCGGUCGCCUCGCAAGACACGCCAGCCAUCUGGAGACAAAGACAUUCCGCCUGUGACAUCUUGCAUGUCCCGCCUUUCUAUAUUUUAUACGUCUAUGAAAAAGACCUAUCAUUCUUCUAACUCCCCUCUCAGUGAUAACAGCGAUGGAAACAACAUUUCAGAGGAGAAAAGCAGCAAAUCACCAACGUCAGGCUCUACGACACCCACCAAUUCAGACGAUGAACACAAACAGAAAAGGUUUAUAGAAAUGGUGAAGUCCAAAAGCAGGCGCUUUUCCAAGACGGUUGCCAAUGACUUUGCCAAGAUGUCAAAGAAAAUUAGCUCACCUACAGAGCAAAAGACAGGCCUGGAUGCCAAGGACAGUUCGUUUAGCCGCUCGAGGAGUUCCAGUGUGACCAGUAUAGAGCGGGAGUCCCGCGAAGCAAUCUCCUCCUUCCACUUCAGUGAGAGUUUCCCCAGGAAGACGGACAGCAGCCCCAGCCCCAGCCUGUGGUUGGGUACUACCCAGGGCACUGUCCUGGUCCUCUCCCUCAGCCUGCCACCUACAGGGGACCAGAGGCUGCAGCAACCUGUCGGAGUCUCUUCCUGUGGUACUCUGGUCAGACUAAAAGGAGGUAUCCUGACUAUGGCCUUCCUGGACUCCCUUGGGGCGGUCCUACCCCCUUCCUACGAGCCGUGGUCCGAGCCCAACGCUCCAGACGAGGAGAAGACGAGGAGGCGCAGGCCGGCCUCCCCACCCCCCACCCAGGAGGGUCAGGACAGCCAGUACGCUGUGGUGUGCUCAGAGAAACAGGCCAAGGUGGUGGGUCUGCCCUCCCAGUCCUGCUUCUUCAAACACAACAUCACAGAGAGCUCCUUCGUGCUGAGAGCUGACGUGGUGCAGAUGGCCGCUGGACUCUGCCUCGCCUGCUUCUGUGCUAAUGGACACAUCAUGACUCUGAGUCUACCCAGUCUCAGACCACUCCUGGAUGUGAACUACCUUCCCCUGACAGACAUGAGGAUAGCCCGGACCUUCUGCUUCUCCAACCUGGGCCAGGCCAUGUACCUCACCUCCCCCACCGAGAUACAGAGGAUCACAUACAGCCAGGAGACCUGCGACAAUCUGCAGGAGAUGAUGGGAGAGCUGUUUACACCGUUAGAGACACCUGAAGCUCCUAAUAGAGGCUUCUUCAAGGGCCUGUUUGGGGGAGGAGCUCAGUCGCUGGAUAGAGAAGACCUGUUUGGUGAGACUGCGGCGGGUAAGGCAUCUCGUAGCCUGGCGCAGCACAUCCCCGGGCCCCAGGGCAUGGAGGGUAUGAAGGGAGCAGCCUCUGGGGUGGUGGGGGACCUGGCCCGUGCCAGGAUAGCCCUGGAUGAGAGGGGGCAGAAACUGGGUGAGCUGGAGGACAGAACCGCAGCCAUGAUGGCCAGCGCUGACUCCUUCUCUAAACACGCUCAUGAUAUGAUGCUGAAGUACAAAGAUAAGAAGUGGUACCAGCUCUGAUGGCAGCGAGGGGAGACAGUGGGACGCAGUUGUUUUGUUGCACCACUUCAUUAUCUACAGAAGAUGCAGCUCCUCCUCUUCCUCCUCCUCCUCCUCCUCUCCAUCUCUCUGCAGGAGGAAGAGGUGUUGUAUGACAGACUGAGAGGCUUUCUUCCUAGCAGCACAAUACAACACUGCAUUACCUCAGUCACCUGGUUACCACUGACUGACUGAAGCGGACUGACUGACUAACUGAAGCAGACUGACUGCAUGACUGGUAAGGACUGACUGACUGAUAAGGACUGACUGACACAGACGGACUGACUGAUAAGGACUGAC